AUGGAAAUAAUGGCAGGUACUCAUUGUUCAUCUGCUCAACAUUUUGUUGAUAUUUGCCAUCAAAAAACGAAAACAAUUAUUGUCAAUCAUGUACAAAAAGCACAAUUUGAUGCAACAUAUUCAUUACUCGAAAAAACAUUUAAAAAAAUUGCUGGUGUUCCAGAUAUUCGACAACAACAUCAUGUCAAAGUUUUGCAUAAAGAUAUAAUUGAAUAUGCUUUAUAUGCGACAAGAAAAGAAAGCUAUGUAUUUAGAUUUUGA